AUGUUCGUUUCAAUUCUUUCUCUAACCUCUAAAUUUUCUUUCUCUCGCUCUCUCUCUCAGCGUUUUUCUCUCUUUUCGUAUAAUCGUAUUUGUUUUCUCUCUCGUUCUCACUCUGUCAUUGUUUCUCUCUCUCUCUCGUUCUCACUCUGUCAUUGUUUCUCUCUCUCUCUCUCGUUCUCACUCUGUCAUUGUUUCUCUCUCUCUCUCUCGUUCUCACUCUGUCAUUGUUUCUCUCUCUCUCUCUCGUUCUCACUCUGUCAUUGUUUCUCUCUCUCUUUCGUUCUCGCUCUGAGAUUUUCACGCACUCGUUCACCGUCACUUCCUUUCUGUCUCAAUCACUCUCAUUCUCUAAUUAAGUUACUCACUAUCAUUAACUCGCUCGCUCAUUCAGUCUCUCUCGUUAACUCGCUCUCUCGCACGCAUUUUCUCUCUAUGAUUUUUUUUUAUUUUUCUUUCUCUUUCUUUUGUUUAUUCUUUUCCAUCUCUCUUUACCUUUUUCUGUCAUUUUCUUCUCUUCACUUUUCUCAUUCCCUUUUUAUUUUUGCACCACUUUUCCAAUCUCUUCUUUUCUUUGUCUUCUCCUUUCUUUGCUUUCUUUCCCCAUUCCUUUUCGCCUCACCCUUUUAA